AUGAGGUAUUAUGACUUUCUUUCUGCCUAUUCAGCGGUGAACCAGGGACACGGUCAUCCGAGGAUUAUUAAAGCACUAAAAGAUCAGGCAGAAGAACUCACCCUGAGCUCCAGGGCAUUUUAUAAUGACAAACUUGGUGAUUUUGAAGAAUUUGUCUGUAACCUCUUUGGUUAUGAUAAAUCUCUGAUUAUGAAUUCAGGUGUGGAGGCAGUUGAAACAGCCAUGAAACUUUGUAGAAAAUGGGCCUAUCAAAUCAAAGGCAUCAGCCCGGAUCAGGCUAAAAUCGUCUUUGCCGAAGGAAAUUUCCACGGCAGAACCAUUUCUGUAAUCUCUGCAUCCAAUGAUGAAAGUGCAAGGAAAGACUUUGGUCCAUUUGUAGGUGGAAUCACCCAUGUUCCUUAUAACGAUGCGGAUGCUUUUGAAGCACUUUUAAAAACAGAUAAAAAUAUAGCAGGCUUCAUCGUGGAACCCAUUCAGGGUGAAGCUGGUGUAGUCGUACCAGACACGGAUUACCUGGCGCGGAUUAAAGCGCUUUGUCAGGCUUACAAUGUGUUAUUCAUUGCGGAUGAAAUUCAAACAGGAAUUGCCCGUACAGGUAGCAUGCUGGCUUCUUACGAAGUCGAUUCAGAAGAGAAAAGCAAUCAGCCAGAUAUUUUGAUCUUAGGAAAGGCAAUUUCAGGUGGCGUAUUGCCUGUUUCAGCAGUACUUGCCAAUGACGAGAUUAUGCUGACCAUUAAACCGGGAGAACAUGGUUCAACCUAUGGAGGAAAUCCUUUGGCUUGUGCCGUGGCGAGAGAAGCGAUACAAGUCGUUAUUGAUGAGAAUCUGGCCGAAAAUGCACAGAAACUCGGGGAAAUAUUCAGGGCAGGACUAGAAAAAAUUGCCACAAAAACGGACCUGAUCCAGUCGGUCAGAGGUAAAGGAUUACUGAAUGCAAUUGUGAUCAACUGCUCAGAAGAAUCUGAUAUGGCCUGGGACAUCUGCAUGAAAUUUAAAGAGAAUGGUCUACUUGCUAAGCCUACUCACGGAAAUAAGAUCCGCUUCGCUCCCCCAUUGGUGAUUACUGAAGCACAAAUUAUCGAAAGUCUGGACAUUAUCGAGCGGUCAUUGUUAAGCGUUGCUUAAUACUUUAUGAAAAGAACGAUAAAUCUGGUAAAAAACAGAUCUGAUAUCGGUGCCGGAACCCGGGGAUCUGAUAUGGGAAUAGAUGCCAUAGAAAUUGCUGCAAUUAACAAGGGCAGCGAGUACUUUAACAAUUUCCGUACGCUGGAUGUCGAGACGCAUAACGAAACGAUCUAUAAUAAAGACAGAAAUACUUUUGCCAUAAGAAUCGAACAUGUGCUGCAGCAAUGUACGCGGUUGGCCAACGCGGUGGAAUAUAGUUUGUCAGCAAACCACUUUCCACUCGUAUUUUCAGGAGACCAUUCCUCGGCGCUGGGCACAAUUAGUGGCAUAAAAACGGCAUACCCGGAUAAAAUGCUAGGCGUGAUUUGGAUAGAUGCUCAUGCCGACCUGCAUUCGCCCUAUACCUCUCCCUCCGGAAAUAUACAUGGUAUGCCUUUAGCUGCAGCUCUGGCCAACGACAAUCUGGAUUGUCAGCAGAACCAAAUUGCGGGAGACACGGUAGGGUUCUGGGAUAAUUUGAAAACCAUCGGCACUGCUCAACCUAAACUGAAACCCGAACACCUGAUCUAUUUUGGUGUCCGGGAUACGGAAGAACAGGAAGACCAACUCAUUCAAAGUUUAGGGAUCAAAAAUUAUAAAGUAGAAGAAGUACGUUUCAGAGGUCUGAAAACCUGUGUAAAAGAAGCAUUAGAAAAGCUGGGCGACUGUGAGAUGAUUUACAUUUCCUUUGAUGUCGACAGUAUGGACUGUGAUCUGAUUUCGCUAGGUACGGGAACCCCGGUUUCCAAAGGAUUUGAUCCGCAGGAGGUCAUUGCCAUUAUUCAGGCCAUCGUUUCUUCAGGAAAGGUCUUGUGUCUUGAAAUUGUGGAGGUGAACCCAUUGCUGGACAACAAAGGAAACAAAAUGGCUGAAACUGCUUUCGAAAUACUGGAACAAGUUACGGAAUCCAUCAGCGCCAGUCUUUAA